AUGAGCAAAUUGGAACAGUUGAUGUGGCACGGAUACUUGAAGUGCUGUAUGAAACGGAAGAAGGAUUUUCACCUCCAAGCGCAGAUGAGGAGGAAAAUGGUGAUGCUGUUUAUUAGAGGCAAAAAAAUGAAGUUUUUGACAAGCAAUAUAGGCGCCAGUUUUUGCCUUUUCUUUAUAUUGUGUCUAACAGCAUUCAUACUGAUUCUUGCCACAUUCAUAUUUUGCAUCAAAUUAUUGCAUGCAUUCAAGGUUGUAAAACCCAAUGUGUCAUGUUCUUUAUGUUGGUAAUG